GCAAUUCGAAUCUCUGAAGUUUGAAAGCGCCAAAAUGAAGAAGAAAGGGGCUCGUACCACCAACACCACUCCCGGCGUUCGCAAUGGCGCUCGCGGUCGCGCUCGCGGUCACAACCGCAAGCAUUCGGCGGCGGAGUUUCUUGAGACUCCAUUGACGAUGGAUUCUCCUCCGAGCCAGUCUCCGGAAUCGGCCAUCUUUACAGGCAGCAAGAAGCGCCAGAACAUGAAGAAGACCGUUUCCGCUGAUUCUCCGGCCCCCGCUCUCUUCAUGUCGCCGUCUCGCCCUCCGAGAACCUUGAGCUCCAUCUCCGAUCUCAAGGAUCUCGCCUCCUCGCGCCUCGACGAUCUCAAGCGCCACAUUGAUCGCUCUCACUCCGAGAUCCUCAAGGACAUCGAUGCUUCUUCCUCUCGCCUCCACAGGCGCUUCAAGAUUCAGAAUCAAGAACGCCAGAAAGUGUCAGACGAAACAGAGAAGGAAUACAAGAAGAUAUCUGAAAGGAUUGACAAAAGUCAAGAAGCACUGAUGACUUCAUAUGCAGAGUUCAUGGCAGAUGUACAAGCCAGCACAUCUCAUGCAUGCACAUCUGUCACCAAGCUGUCACAAUCCUUUGAGAAGAGUAUUGAUGCUCUACGAAGCCGCUAUGGGAUUUGAUAGCCAUUCCUUGUUCAUGACAUUCAGUCAAAGGAGAUACAGGAUGUAUAGUUGAAGACAAAAAACUGGUCCGGAUUCGGGAGGAUUUUUUACCCUCAGCUGAUAAGAUGGUAUGAAUUUGGAAACUAAAUGUUGAGAACUAUCUACCAUUCUUGGCGCUUUCUCUAGAAAAUCAUUCAAGGUACAUUAUGUACAAAAACCUGGUUCUGUUAAUAUGUGAAUGAUUGUUACAGUUUCAUGGACCAAAAUAUUGUACUUUAGAUAAUACACAAUAUAGUCGUUUAGAAA